UCAAUGCAAAACCGGGAUUCGCCAGGAUCCAGGAUCAUCGGAGGAGCCGAAGCUUACAUACAGCACUAUCCAUUUGCGGUCUCGUUGCAGAACAAUGGCACGUUUUUCGGACACGAAGUCGAGCACUUCUGCGGCGGUGGUAUUAUCGGUGAAAAGUGGAUAAUAACGUCGGCUCAGUGCGCUCUCAGGAUGUAUGUGACGGGGUUCCAUGUGAGGGCGGGAUCGUCCAGGUAUUAUGAGAAUGGGGAGAUUUACAGGGUCAAAGGUGUCACGAUACAUCCGGCGUUCAAUCAAUAUAAUUACGACUUUGAUGUUGGUCUUAUCCAGCUGUUGGAUAGCAUAAAGUUCGACAACACAAAGCAAUCAAUUAUGCUGCCUGAAACUCAUUCGAUGAUCAAAGAUGGCGCCCAGGUACAAGUUCUCGGUUGGGGUGCAUCGAGGUUGUUAGGUCCAGUGUCCGAUGAAUUAUUAUGCAGCACCAUGCAGAAAAUCAACAACGAGAACUGCCAGGAAGCUAGCGGAGGUGACAUAUUAACGAACAGGAUGUUCUGCGCCAUGUCCGAUGACGUUGGACCCUGUGUAGGUGAUUCUGGUUCGCCUCUCGUUUUCGAAAACAAAUUAUUCGGAAUAACAUCGUGGAGCCGAUCCUGCAGUUCGAAAUAUCCGACUGCUUUUACAGCCACAUCCGAAGUAAAAGAUUGGAUCACAGAAGUAACAGGAAUAGCAUGA